CCUGGGAGACUCCGAGAGGAAGCGCAGCCGCGGCGCGGCCUCCCCUGGCAACGCGGGAGGCCCCGCGGGGAGGCAGGGGGCGGUGGCGGGGGAGGAGCCGGGCUGAGCGGCAACUGUAGCCACUGCCGCCGGAGCCGCCGCCGCCGCCACCUGCGCCUGGCGCCCGGCCCGAGCCCCGCCACUCCGCCUGCCGUCCUCCAGGUUCACCUUCUCCCUUGGACAUCCUGUCAGUCCACCCCGUUUGUGACAAAUCCGAGCCGAGAGAAAUUCUAACUUCAGUUUAUCCAGUAUUACCACUUAAUGAAACCUUGCCACCAAGUCUAUGAUAAAAAACAUAAGUAACAGAGGAAACGAUAACUGUUGUUUGUCAAGUAACAAGAUUUUAAUGUCAGAAUGGCUCACUUAAAGCGACUAGUAAAACUACAUCUUAAAAGAUAUUACCAUAAAAAGUUCUGGAAGCUUGGUGCAGUAAUUUUUUUCUUUAUCAUAUUUUUGAUUUUAAUGCAAAGAGAAGUAAGUGUUCAAUAUUCCAAGGAGGAAUUGAGGAUGGAAAGAAACAUGAAAAACAAAAACAAGGUGUUUGAUUUAAUGCUAGAAGCUGUCAACAAUAUUAAAGAUGCAAUGCCAAAAAUGCAAAUAGGAGCACCUGUUAGGCAAAACAUUGAUGCUGGUGAGAGACCCUGUUUGCAAGGAUAUUAUACGGCAGCAGAAUUGAAACCCGUUCUUGAUCGCCCACCUCAGGAUGCUAAUGCACCCGGUGCUUCUGGUAAAGCAUUCAAGACAACCAAUUUAAGUGUUGAAGAGCAGAAGGAAAAAGAACGUGGAGAAGCAAAACACUGUUUUAAUGCUUUUGCAAGUGACAGAAUCUCUUUGCACCGAGAUCUUGGACCAGACACUCGACCUCCUGAAUGUAUUGAACAAAAAUUUAAGCGAUGUCCUCCCUUGCCCACCACCAGUGUCAUAAUAGUCUUUCAUAAUGAAGCAUGGUCCACGCUGCUUAGAACUGUCCACAGUGUGCUUUAUUCUUCACCUGCCAUUCUGCUGAAAGAAAUCAUUUUGGUGGACGAUGCUAGUGUAGAUGAGUACUUACAUGAUAAACUAGAGGAAUAUAUAAAACAAUUUUCUAUAGUGAAGAUAGUCAGACAAAGAGAGAGAAAAGGUCUGAUCACUGCACGGUUGCUAGGAGCAACGGUAGCAACCGGUGAAACACUCACAUUUUUAGAUGCUCACUGUGAGUGUUUCUAUGGUUGGUUAGAGCCUCUGCUGGCCAGGAUAGCCGAGAACCACACCGCCGUCGUGAGUCCAGACAUUGCAUCCAUAGAUAUGAACACGUUUGAAUUCAACAAACCUUCUCCUUAUGGAAGUAACCAUAACCGUGGAAAUUUUGACUGGAGCCUUUCAUUCGGCUGGGAAUCCCUUCCUGAUCAUGAGAGGCAACGGAGGAAAGAUGAGACCUACCCAAUUAAAACACCCACAUUUGCAGGAGGCCUUUUUUCCAUAUCAAAAGAAUAUUUUGAAUAUAUUGGAACUUAUGAUGAAGAAAUGGAAAUCUGGGGAGGUGAAAAUAUAGAAAUGUCUUUCAGAGUGUGGCAAUGUGGUGGGCAGUUGGAGAUUAUGCCUUGCUCUGUUGUUGGACAUGUUUUUCGCAGCAAAAGCCCUCAUACGUUUCCAAAAGGCACUCAGGUGAUUGCUCGCAACCAAGUUCGCCUUGCAGAAGUCUGGAUGGAUGAAUAUAAGGAAAUAUUUUAUAGGAGAAACACAGAUGCAGCAAAAAUUGUUAAGCAAAAAUCAUUUGGUGAUCUUUCAAAAAGAUUUGAAAUAAGACAACGCCUUCAAUGUAAAAAUUUUACAUGGUAUCUGAAAAAUAUUUAUCCAGAAGUGUAUGUGCCAGACCUUAGUCCUGUUGUAUCUGGAUAUAUUAAAAGCUUUGGCCAGCCUCUCUGUCUGGAUGUCGGAGAAAAUAAUCAAGGAGGCAAGCCAUUAAUUUUGUACACGUGUCAUGGACUUGGGGGAAACCAGUACUUUGAGUACUCGGCUCAACAUGAAAUUCGGCAUAACAUCCAGAAAGAAUUAUGUCUUCAUGCUGUUCAGGGUUUCGUUCAGCUGAAAACAUGUACCUACAAAGGUCACAAGACAAUUGCCACUGGAGAACAGCUGUGGGAGAUGCAGAAGGGUCAACUUCUCUAUAAUCCGUUCUUUAACAUGUGCCUUUCAGCAAGUGGAGAGCAUCCGAGCUUAGCGUCUUGCAGUCCGUCAGAUCCACUCCAAAAAUGGAUUUUUAACCAAAAUGAUUAAGUGUUCCUUAAAAUUAAGGAGUUGAAAAAAGAGAUAUUAUUUCUCAUAAAACUGUGACUAGGCAUACACUGUAGUUUUUGAAAAUUAUGCAAAAGCAGCUAAUUGUAACUUAUUCCAAGUGCUUUUUUCUUAUUUAUAUCUUGAAAUGUCCAUGUAGCAUUGCUACAGGAAUCCCUGAAGUUUCACUUCAAAUCACAAUAACUAGUGAUACCAAAGACUAUUUUGAAAUGUCUAGAUGCAGGGGAAGAGAUGUUUACAGUAUGAUGCAAAUAAUUUUCCAAGUAAAGUGAUAUUUGUUUUGUACACUUAACGAUAUGCAUAGCUACAUUCAGACACUCACAAUUUAAAAUAUUUCUUCUAGUUUUUUGGGGGGUGGGAGAAAGAUUUGAUACUGUAUUUUUUUAACUACAUAGAAAUGGGUCAAUGAAGGUCAAACAUUGGCCUUUGUGUACAAACCAGGAAGUUUUUAUAGAUCUAGAAAUUAUUACAUAAAAAUGCAAGUACACUUUUUUUUGCCUUUUGUUUACUUAUCUGUCAAAUGUUUCCUUAAACAUGGAGUUAAAUAAGAAGAAUAUUUUUAACACUUCAAUUUCUUGGCAAAUUUUAAAAUAUUUUUUAGUCUGAAGCUCACUUGACUUGAAGCACUUGUCUUCCUUAAAAGACAUUUCUUAAAUAACUACACUGUGUGUUUUCUUAAAGCAAUUAAAAAAAAGAAAACUAUAAAUUACUACCUGUCGAAAAGGCGUCUUUUUCCUUUUUGUUAGACUUUCUUUCCUUACCAAAAUUCACUAAUCUUGAAUGUUUUGUAAAACUGAAUUUCAAAAGCAGAAUACUUGACUCAUUUAAAGCUAAAUUUUAUUUGUUAUUGAUUCAAUUAUAGGUUGUCUUUGUAAUUAUUUUUUUAUCAAAAGAAACUUAUUUCUGUCUAUGUGGAAAACACAAUAAAACAAACCCUUAUCACUAUUGUAAUUAUUUAAGUUUUUUUCUCUUUUGGAUAGAAUAUGUAAUUGAUAAUGGGGGAAGCAUGAAUUUUGUACAAUGAAUUUCUAAGCACUGAUUGAAGAGCCAUCAAAUAUAUCUUAAGGAAAAUGUAAACAUUGGUAGUAAUGGCAUUAAAAAAUGGUGAAUGGAGAAGAUUCUAUAUUAAAUAUUUAGAAAAUUUUGUGCUAAUUUCUGAUAACUUUCCUUGAACAUCUAAUAAUUUUUUUUAAUGUGAUGCUUACUUAGAUAAAAAAAAUUUUCCUUUUGGUUAUUUUAUAUGUAGAUCGCCUAUAUUCUUAUUUAAGAAGUAAACUAUGAUUGGUUUCAUAUUUUAAACUGGCAGAGCCUCAAUUAUGCAAAAGAAAAUAUUUAAAAAUUAUUGGUCCUAUCUUCUUAUCAUUUGUAACUUUGAACUUGCAUUAAAAAAAUCUGAAUUCCUUAA